UUUCGGGAAUGUUUUCCCUACAAUUUCUACGAUUCCACACCCUCCACACUAUUUAGACACCCUGUAUGCUACAACUUAAAAGAAAGAGAGAGACGAAUAGACGGGAGGGAGAGAAAGACGAAGAGAAGGGAAACAGCGAAAGUGCAGCCGAAACGAAGAGAAGAGAGACUCGAGGCUUCUCAGUUCUCGUACGUGCGACAGUUUGCGGUAGCUAUCAGCGGUUAUGGACUGAUCGUCAGUCGCUCUCGCGGUGCUGCGGGUAGCGCUCCAUUUCUUUUUUGUUCUCCCUUAUUUUAAGUUGCAUCCGCGGGAGUGUUUUGCUCCGUUGGAUUCCCCGGAGUUUUCGUGCACGCCGAUCCGGUCGGGGAUCCGCGACGCGAUAUGGCCGCAUUUGAUCUUCCAUGCUCUCCGCCGUUUGUAUUGGCGGUCACGUUAUUCGUCGCAACGCUAACCUCGUCUAUCAACGCAGCAACAACUGGCACGUCUUUGGAACCGUCGAUACCCGAUCGCAGUUCUCUUGGUUCUCUGAUCGAACCUCUGUCGUCGACGGUCGAGCCUCCCAAUGAAACGGGUGACAAAAAAGCAUUGCUCCGGUAUUCUGCAGAAGGAGGACCUAUAAUAACGCCUCAACAUGGAAGCAUUACAACAGAAUCCAACAAGCCUGACGAAGCUAGAGCAAGAGAAAGUGCGCUUAAGGAGAGACAUGCUACUCCUUCUGUGGUUGCAAGGAAAGAAGCAAGAGAAGAGAAAAUAAAACCGAGGAAGGGAGUUUCAGAAAGUCCAGAGAUAACACCUACGAAAGGUAUAGAUCAGAAUAUGGAUCCGAAGGAAAAUGUAUUAUUUAAUCAGACCACUUUUGAAAAUAUGAAAUUACCUAUAAUGAAAAGUAGUCCUGCGAUAGAAACAGCUCAUAUCAAAUCUGAAACUUCUAACGUUAGCCUCCCGAAAUUAAAUACCACUAAUCCACGCUCUAAUGACAGCUUAAAUCACCAUAUAGACUCUAAUUACUCUAAUAUAAGUAUACCAGCAAAUGGAACUGCAGCUCAUCUAGACAUGAAUAAUACAACGAAAACAUCUUUGCAUGUUGAAAAGCACAUACCGAAGCCUAAACCAACGGUAACGACUGUUGAUGGGCCAGAAAUUAAUGAAUCUAUACCACUCCUACGAACAAAAAAUCCUCCACUAGGCAUGCCAAGAAAAAUCGACUACAUUGUGCCAGUCAUUAUAACAAUUGUCGCUUUACCGAUAUUGGGUGCUGCGAUUUUCGUAUUAUAUAGGCGCGGUCGAGAUUGCUGGGAUAAGAGGCACUAUCGAAGGAUGGAUUUUUUGAUCGACGGAAUGUACAAUGACUGAUACUCAUGUGAGAAGAAGUUUGUUCCAUGAGAUUAAAUACGCGUCAUGCAAGAAGCAAUCAAUUUCCGCGUUCUUCCAUUUGCAAAUGCAAAUUUUGUAUACGUUCUUUAAAUUAGCCAAUUAUGUACUUUGCAUUGAUUUCUUCUUACAUAACGAUAUAAAUGUCCAAACGACAAUGAUACCUAUCAUUAGAAUAUAU